UGUGUAAAAACAUUUACGCGUCUUAGCUUUAGUUUUAGACCACGAGAAUGAGAAAAGCGUGUGUUAUACAAGUGUUCAAAAGUUUGGUGUCUUAAAUUGUACACCUUUUGUGCACACUUUAGGCCAGAACGGUGUUGCUACCGCGGCAGGAUGUUAAAUCGAUAACCGAAGUCAUCGCUCGUGUUGUGUCCAGCCGCUUCGAGAAUCCGUAAGGGUGAAAAACACGGCGUGUGUUUGCACUCUUGUUUCGGUUAUUAAUAGCUUGGGAUGUUGAAGAAGUAGGUCGGAGUAGCAGGUCGCUUCUCUGAAGCAGGGUCCGUGUCAGAAAAGGUGAAAUAAACAGCUCGGGGCAACGAGUCAAAUGUCUUCGUUGAAGUCAUGCGUUGUAGGAUAGCUAGCUGUCGAUUUACCAGGCUAGCAAGCAAUCCGGAAGUUGUUGUGUGGGACGAGAGUAAUGCAACUGGUAUUUGUGACGUACCGGUAAAUUGGACGAAAGCACAAAACACGGCGAGUGUUUGAACAGGUUUAUUUUCGAGAGAAACGCUGAUUAGAGAGCAUAGUUAGCCAGCUAGCAGAGCAGGAGCUCGACUUGAUCAUAUAUGUCUAUGCGGCUGGACUCCUGGAGUGUUCAACCAUAUCAAGUGAGUUCUGCUUCCGUUUGGAUUGUAAAGGAGAGACAGAUCGGGAGAGUAAUUUGGGAGGGUGAAGUAAGAGCCGUGCUGGAGCGUUUGUCACUCGGGACGUGGAGAAUGAUGCAGUGGCUGUGAGGGAGCUCCACUUCCGGCCUGAGUGCUGCAUCUGCUUGGUGUAGAUGAUGCGGAUGAGCUGGAUCAUUACUGUCAUUAACCGAAGAAUGAUGAAACUCCUCGUCGCCCUCGGCCUCAUCGCAUACAUCGCCUCUGUCUGGGGAACCUACACCAACAUGAGGUUGAUUCAGGAGCAAAGUGAGCUGAAGAUUGAGCAGAGGAUAGAUGAGGCCGUUGCACCUUUAAGAGAGAAGAUUCGGGAUCUUGAGCUCAGUUUAACACAAAAGUAUCCACCUGUGAAGUUUCUCUCCGAGAAGGAUCGCAAGAGGAUUUUGAUCACUGGUGGUGCAGGUUUUGUGGGCUCCCACCUGACUGAUAAGCUGAUGAUGGACGGUCAUGAGGUGACCGUUGUGGAUAACUUUUUUACCGGCCGCAAGCGUAAUGUGGAGCACUGGAUUGGCCAUGAGAACUUUGAGCUCAUCAACCAUGAUGUGGUGGAACCACUGUAUAUUGAAGUGGAUCAGAUCUAUCACUUGGCCUCUCCUGCAUCACCUCCCAACUACAUGUAUAAUCCCAUCAAGACCCUAAAAACCAACACUAUUGGCACCCUAAAUAUGCUAGGGCUGGCGAAGCGCGUGGGUGCUCGACUGCUACUUGCGUCCACAUCAGAGGUGUAUGGAGAUCCAGAGGUGCAUCCUCAGAAUGAAGACUACUGGGGUCAUGUGAACCCGAUCGGACCGAGGGCUUGUUAUGAUGAAGGAAAGCGUGUGGCUGAAACUAUGUGUUAUGCAUACAUGAAACAGGAGGGUGUAGAAGUACGAGUAGCACGGAUCUUCAACACAUUUGGUUCUCGCAUGCAUAUGAAUGAUGGCCGGGUGGUUAGUAAUUUUAUCCUGCAAGCGCUACAGGGGGAGCCCCUGACGGUUUAUGGUUCAGGAUCUCAGACCAGAGCAUUUCAGUAUGUCAGCGAUCUUGUGAAUGGACUUGUGGCCCUGAUGAACAGUAACAUCAGCAGUCCUGUUAACCUGGGAAACCCUGAAGAACAUACCAUAUUGGAAUUUGCUCAGAUGAUUAAAAGCCUGGUUGUGAGCCGCAGUCAUAUUCAGUUUCUUCCAGAAGCACAGGAUGACCCUCAGAGACGGCGGCCAGACAUCCGCAAAGCUAAAUUGCUGCUCGGCUGGGAGCCUGUGGUGCCAUUGGAGGAGGGGCUGAACAAAACUAUUCAGUAUUUCAGCAAGGAACUGGAACAUCAAGCUAAUAAUCAGUAUAUUCCCAAGCCCAAGGCUGCCCGUAUGAAGAAAGGCAGACCAAGACACAACUAGAGAACAGGUUUUUCUCUCAGGGAUGAGGGGACAGGGCUCAUGUGGCCUCUAGCAGCCAUUUUACACUGAGGUAUUACAACCCCUCCCCUUCCCAAUAAACUGCGUGAUUUGGUCUUCUUUUUCCUCUGGUUUUUGGAAAAGCAACUCUAGCGAGAACUGCCUCUUUUCUGCUUGCUUUUCAUAAAUGUGCCUCAGAAAGAAAAAAAAGAGAGAAAAGAAAAACAGACGCUAUAUUCAACAUCUUGCACUUUGGAUUUUUGUCAAUUACCUAUUAUUUAAGAAAAUGUUGGGAAAAACUCAUCUUUGUGCAUAUAUGCCAUGCAGAUUUGUUUCGAUGUGAUAAUUUUUUAAAUGAUGUCUUUGUUUCAGUGUUUUGAGAUUUAUGAUUGAGCGUAGUGAUCCACUUUAUUUAUCUUGAAUGUGCUGCAGUGGGACGUUCGUCGCUGUUCUGAAGAAAAGAGAAAACUAUGUGAAACAUGUUUCUGCUUUCGUUCUUUUUUUUUUAUGUCAUUUUGAGCCAAGUCUACUGUUGCCAUUGUCACAAUUUAAAGAGAACUUGUGCUUUUUCUGAUUUCAGGUGAAAAAAAAAAAGGCUAUUUUAAUAAAAUAUUUACACUGUUCAUUA